AUGGCGGCUUUGGACAAAGUGGUUCCAUUGUAUGACGAGGCACAGUUUAUGGAACACUUUAGAGUUAGCAGAAAUGUUUGUAAACAAAUAUCUGACCGAUAUAAAGCAAGUGCAAUCUACAAUUUAAAUACAUAUGGAAUAUAUGGAAAAAUAAGUGCUUUACAUCAGGUGCAGAUUUUUUUGUGGUUUGCGGGACAUGAAAGUGCCAGCUACAGGGAUGUCAGUGAUCGUUUUGAUAUCACUUUAAGUUCUUUGCAUAGAAUAAUUCGAAGAGUUACUUCUUUUCUAAGUUGUAUCAGUUCUGAAUUUAUAAAGUGGCCAAAUCAUGAAGAAAAGUUAUUGAUUGCUGAAGGAUUUUUACAAAAAGGAUUUCCUAAUGUAAUUGGAGUAAUCGAUGGGUGCCACAUACGAAUAAACAAACCUGCAAAGGAUUCAAGAUCUUUUUUAAACCGAAAAGGAUACUGUUCUAUAAAUAUGCAAGCUGUUUGUGAUGAUCAGAACAAAAUUAUCGAUGUUUUCAUUGGAUGUCCUGGUUCAGUACAUGAUGCUAGAGUAUUCAGAAGAUCGAAUUUGGGUUUAAAUUUAAAUCGAAAAUGUGGUCGAUAUUUUUUAUUAGGAGACGCAGCUUACCCGCUGAAAACAAAUUUAAUGACACCAUUUCCAAAUAUUAAUUCUCUAACGCAAACCCAGAAACAUUUUAAUAAAAAACUUAACAGUGCUCGAAGUACUAUUGAACAUACAUUUGGGUUAUUAAAACAAAAUUUUAGGCAACUCUAUCAUUUAAAAAUAAAAAACAUUCAUUUUAUUUGCCAUUUUAUAAGAGCAUGCUGUGUUUUACACAAUUGGAGCAUAAAAAAAAAUUUUGAAUGUUUGCAGAGAAACCAAAAUCUUUCUCGCUUGAACAUUGAGUCUUCGGUUGAAGAUGAAGUUAAUGCCGAAGAAAUAAAUGCCCGAUUGCUUCGCGAUCAGAUAGCAGCUGCUUUACUAUAA